AUGUAUCAUCACAGUCUUCGUCAAGAUGUUUUUAUAAAGGACGAGUACCAUUAUUUAAACGUUUCUAAAGUUGGAACGUUUACAGUGUAUGACAGCCUUGACUGCACCUUUGAAUGCCUCGGCGAUCCUUCCUGUUUCUCCUUCAACCUGGCAGCUUACAAAGGAGCAGAUGGAAAGUUGCGGUGUGAGUUGUUAUCCUCAGAAAAGUACAGCAGUCCUGAAGAAUAUAAAAGGAACGAGAGUUUUCAUCACUUUUCCAUCAAGGUGGGGUAAAAUAUUUGCAUAGAGUUUAUUAAAGUAAGAUAUUUUUUGAUAUCCCAGUCUAUGCGACUUUUAAUAACCUGUCACGAACACUAAUCGACGUAAAAGUGACUACUGCACGAUAACAAGUCGGGGUUAUUCAGUCGAAUGUCACUUUCUCCUUUUUUUUCUUACUUCUGCCAUCAACACUUUUACGCAAAACGAAAUUACCUUAAUUAUAUGGCAUUUGACAUCAACCUUUUCUUAAACUAUUUCAGACUCCAUGUAUGUCAUCACCUUGUCAGAACGGAGGCACCUGUGUAGCGAACUAUAAGUAUCACUCGUUCGACUGCCGUUGCAAAGAAGGGUUCUAUGGAGAAUUUUGCGAAGAAGGUAAUUGAUAUUCAGACCGGGACCCCCCUUCAAGUUAGGACAACCAAACUUAGCGGCUUUACCUAAAAUUUAUCUUGGAAAAUUUUAAAGGCGUUGUGACGUGUACGUCAACAUUGAUGUUACCAUGGCAACCGAGUUUUGACAGCCAUGGUUUUCAGAAUUUGCUUUAUCUCUAAACAAAAUAGGUUUAAAUUCAUUUCUUUUUUAACUGAUUGAUUUAUUACGUUAUCUACUUCUUUUUUACAGUUGCCAAGUCCUCAUGCCAAGAUGUUUAUAAUCAGCUCACAGAAAAGUGGGUAAACCUAUGCAUAGUAAUUUAAUUGAUGAGGAUAGAUCACUUAAAGUCCGGGGGAUCAUUCGGAGUGCGUCAGUACUGUGUUUAUAAGCCAAAAAUCAGCCGUCAGGCCUCAAAAACGGAAUACAAUUGUGUUGCAGGGAAAGUCGAUAUCACUUAAUUAAUUGUACAUGUUAGAAUUCGUAUCGUGGCUGAUGAAUUCUAUUUCAGCCUUUGUUCUCCACUCUGGAAACUUAGGGUUAUUAGAGACCUAAACUUGUAAAAACUGUUGAAUUUUUAAAACAAAUGAUUGGUACUGUUAAGAUAAUAAAAACCAUAAUCUGUGAACACCACCAUCCUGCAAUGAAGGCCCUCCAGCAAAAAAAGUUGUUGAUGAAAUGCGGUUGAACCCCGCCGUUUCGUUUAAUACGAACACCCGUAUAAAACGAAUGGUUCGUUUGUACCGACAAAAGUUCAGAUAUUUCAGUGCUCAUAAGUAAACCUGGUUAAUAUGGAAAACAAACACUUUUCUUGUGUCCCGAGUCCCAAACUGUCAUAUAAUAAUUAUCGUAAACUCCCCCGGAAGGUCCUCAAUUAAGUUUUAUAGGGCAAGCUUAGCCCUGGGUCUAACUCCUUACGUUUUAUGCCCAUCAUUUUUGCAGAAAAGGUACUCCCUUCGUAUACCAUUCCAUUCGUCUCUAAUGGUUAAAGGUUCGAGUGGCUUGUUGCAAGCACUUUAUCCCCAGGGGGUACUCAACAAAUUUUUACGGUGAUAAUCCCUGCCCCGAGGUCCACGUCCUUACCUUUUCACAUACCUUUUGGCGGUUGAGGGGUGGAGUGGCUUGUUACAGGCAUUUUAAAAUGAGCUCAGACCAUACAAGGGCCAAUGGGAAGAAAGACUGCCUUAUCAAAAUCAAACUUGCACGCUAUUUUAAUUGGAGUUUCUUUUUUUUUAGUAACAAAAUCGUAUUAACCCACAGAAAUCUGUAGUUAUUUGAAAAAGGUUCAUUGUAUGCAAUUAGUGCGUGGUUGUGACGAGGAAAUAGACAGUGGCAGCUAUAGGUAGCCAGUGGUCACCAGUGACCAUAAAGCGGGGUUGACGACAUGAGAUUUUAAGACUUUCAGAACACAGAAAAGUGUCCGUUCUCCGUCUUAACUGUUGUCCUUAUUAAACGGGUUGGAGAAAGUACGUGAGCUUCAAUAAUUAAAACAUGCAAAACUGACUACUGAAUAUCUGUGUGACAUGUUCUGCGUAGUAGUCCAAAACAACCAAUCCAAGUCUUACAGGUAGCUCGCGGGUAAAAUAGGGGUUCUUGACGUCAGAUGGGAUAAACAUCAUGCGCACCAUUUUCGCGGUUUUUCGGUCGCCCCUUUGCCCUUUUUUCUGAACAUCUGCUACGCUGUUUAGCCAUCUUCGAUGUCCGAAUUUAAUUCCUACAGAACACUUUAUUAAAAUACACUUUAUUACAGUUAGUUGAAGAGCAGAACAGCUUGGUAUCAUAAAGCCAAAAUAAAUAUCAACCUGUGCUGGAGGUGAAAUUAUAUCAGUCCAAAGUACAUUAAUCGUGUAGUAACUCCCAGUAACGUGAUGGGCAACCUGAGAAAUUUAGAUUUAACUAAGACUGUAUUGAAUUCCAUUGAUUCAUUUAUUUUUGUAAGAAAAAGCGAACCUUUUUUUUUUUACAACCAGUUACGGUACAUUCCAUUUUUUCUCUCCGACGGUUAGGAGCUGGAAAAACUAAAAUGAGAUUUCAUUGUGUAUAGGUUAAACGUGACACAGUUGGUCACUCUCCUCCUUGACUCCAAACUAGUUUCAGUUCUCUGUCACUUUGGAAAUUUUGGAUGCGGAGAUGGAGGAUGGACACCGGUCAUGAAGAUGGACGGCAACAAGGUAAGACAUUUGAGUAACUUUUCCCUUAGUUGGCGACGAAAAAAAAUGUGUUAUUAAUAAUUAAAUACAUGCAGGUUUGCCUCUGUCAGCGGUAAUUUUCAAUUAUCCUAGCCUGCGAAUACAGCCGUUUCUCCUUGCUCCUCGUCGCUAGGGACUUUUCAUCAGGAGGAACGUCUGCACCUCAGCGACAGAAAUUCCAUACUAAUGACGUAACAUUAUAAAAUUUUCUGGGGGAGCAUAACUCCAGCCUCCAAGUUUGAGGCGCCUUCGGUGCUCUAACUUUUCUUCUCGUUGGUACAUGCCAAGUCCUUGGAUCUGAAAGAUUUAAGUAUUAAGAACACCUUUAAGCUUCUGGAAUGUCUCGGUCAGUAGCAGAGGUCACCUGCCGUUUCUGUCAGACGAUGUCAAGGUUUUCAUCAAAACGCAGAAGCCUGGUCUCAGUACUUGCGAUUACGCGAGAGUUAAUAAAAUAUAAUUAUAUUCAAUUCGGCAUUUUUCAAUCGCAUCAAUGAUUAAAGAGUGCAGUAUUUGUUUACUUUGUUUUUUAUUGGUGACGGUUAACGCCAUUUCGCCAGCUGUGGCUAAUUUCAUUUUAUAUUAUAAAGCUGGAGAAGCGAGGACGUUCCAGAUAUUCUUUCCAUUGUAAUGGAUCUUUCAUUGCAAAAUCUUUUUUUCCUCUUCUCCGGUAAGGAUUUUGUCUUUAGAAGAAAAAAGAAACCUUAAUUUUCACUUUUCUUUUUAAAGAACAUUUUUCCUAUUUCUUCCUCCUUUCUACUAUAGCAAACAUUUCAUUACGAUACAUCAUUUUGGAGAAACAAAGAAACCUUUAACCUUGACGGAGGGAAGACUGGGUUUGACUUACAAGAGACUAAACUGCCCUCCUACUGGAACACAUCCUUCUCCAAGAUCUGCCUCGGUAUGAAGAUCGGCCAACAGAUCAGGUUUAUUGUCGUCAACCAGCAGGCGAAUUCCUUGUACUCUCUGAUCGCUGAUGGGCAAUACCGCAACACUUCACUGGGUCGCGACACGUGGAAGUCGCUGAUUGGUUCUAAUGCGUCCUUGCAGGAAAACUGUAACAAGGAAGGGUUCAAUGCUGUUUCUGGUAUACCUGGUCAUUCCAAAGCAAGAAUCGGUAUCAUUAAUAACAACCAAGACAAUUGCGGCUCCUGUAACUCUAAAAUUGGAUUUGGCACUGGUGGAAGGCCUGAUGGGAGCAACUCAUGUGGAAACGUGGCUGAAUUGUAUCCAGAUAAUGGCAAUAAGCAUAUUAAGACAAUGGGAUACAUUUUGGUGCAGUAA